GCACUGCAGUUUAUUACCUGCACAGGGGAAAGGGGAGACACAACUGAACUCUAUGAUAAAGUCUGAACGGAGAAGGUUAUAAACAUGUUUUUGAUUCAUGCAGUUCUGCUGUUUUUGAGCUUAGAUUUUUCCAGUGGUGAGGAGUAUUUAAAGACCACCAAAUGGGAAAAAAGUAGGAAAGCAAGAUCAGUGCAGGAACCUCCUCAGCCAAUUGACUGUGAGUUGUCCAGUUGGUCUGGUUGGAGUGGUUGUGACCCCUGUGAGAAAAAAAGAUACAGAUAUGCUCAGCUAGUAAGAGCCUCUCAAUUUAAUGGAGAACCUUGCGGGACAAUUGACAAAGAAGAGGAGUCUUGCUCUACCAACAGUCCUUGCAGAAAUACCAAGCGAUGCGAAGGGUUUCAGUGUGUAGAAUCAGGAAAAUGUAUUGUACGCAGACUACUAUGCAAUGGGGACGAUGACUGUGGCGAUCGGUCUGAUGAGAAAAACUGUAAGACAGUUCGAAAUCCUUGCACUGAUGAUAUGGAGCAGUACUGGGCCAUAGAAAACCUGGCAAGUGGAAUUAAUUUGUUCACAAAUAACCAUGAAGGAUUGGUUUUGGACCACCGCUAUUUUGCUGGAGGCUGCUCUCCGCAUUAUAUUUUGGAUACAAGAUUUAGAAAGCCUUACAAUGUUGAAAAUUACAUUCCACAAACUAAGGGAGAAUAUGAGUUUAAACUGUCUGAAUAUGAGUCCUAUUCAAAUUAUGAAAGAGAUUUCUUCAGUGCUCAUGCUCACCAAUCCAGUUUCAAAUUUGGACUAAUAAUCCCAGCCGUGAUUGAAAUUGGAUUCAGCUACAGUGACAUGAAUUUCAAAAAAACUGUUCAAAGGAUAAAAAAAUACUCCCACACUAGCAGUACAUUUAUCCAUGCCAAGUCUACUUUGGAAGUGGCAAAAUACAAACUAAGGUCCCGGAACUUUAUGCUUCAUUCCGAGUUUUUCCAGCGAGUGAAACAGUUGCCAAUUGAAUAUGUCUAUGGAGAAUAUAGAGAACUCUUCAGGGACUAUGGAACUCACUUCAUUACUGAAGCCACUUUAGGAGGCACUUAUGAAUAUACAUUGAUUCUGAAGACUGAAACCAUAAAAAAUGAAGGUUAUUCGUUAAAUGAUGUACAGUCCUGUCUCCAGGCUGGAUUUACACUUGGAGGAAAUAUUGAAGGCAUUUGGGUUAGUGUCAGCAUGUCAGCAUCUGCAUGUAAUUCUCUUUUAAAAGAAAUUGGAGACAAUUAUUCCACACAUAAGAUGGUAGAGGACUUUGUUGCUCUUGUUCGAGGAGGAUCAAGUGAGCAUAUAACAACCCUUGCUCACAAGAGUCUUCCAACCCCCGAUCUAAUGCAGGAGUGGGGUGACGCAGUCUACUAUAAUCCCGAGAUCAUAAAUACUAAGGUCAGUCCUUUGUAUGAGCUGGUAACUGUAGCAGAUUUUGCGGGAGCCAUCAAUCUGCGAGAAAACAUGAAACGUGCACUCGAAGAGUUUCGGCUUGAAACCAGUACCUGCCGCUGUGUUCCCUGCCAAAACAAUGGGAUACUUAACUUCAAGGAAUCUCGCUGUGAGUGUGUGUGUCCUUCUGGGUUUCAAGGUACAGCUUGUGAAAUCACCAGGAGACAAGUCAGUGCUAUAGAUGGAAACUGGGGCUGUUGGUCCAGCUGGACACCUUGCAAAAGUAGAGAGAAGACAAGACAGCGAGUGUGCAACAACCCGAGUCCACAGAACGGCGGCCAACAGUGCAAUGGUGCAAGUGCCGAUGCAAUAAACUGCUAAAUGUAUCAUGGCUCUCCAUGUAUUUUAUUUAGACAGAGGAAGCCCUUUCUUGAAAGAUUAUAUUCUGUAAAAGAGAUUUAUUUAACUCCUCUAGUCUUUUACAGGCAAUUUACAAAAUAUUCAUUUGCUCUACAAAAUGUUUAGUAAAAAUCAUAAUGUUGCCACUUGUUGUCCAGGAAAAGUGAUGCUUUGCAAAAAAGAUGGGGUCCUUAUUGAUGACCAGCCAAAUACCUCA